AAGUCUGCGGAGUGGGUCAGAAGCAAGACGCGAAGAGGAAGAGUCAGACGAAGCGAAGCGAGGCAGAAAAAUUGGCAAUAAGUGCUCCGAAAAGGUCAAGUCGGGCUUGGUUUUUGGUUAACGCUGUGCCAGAACAGCAGCUAGGGCGGAAAGCGACGGUCUCCGCCCGUACAAUUCGUUUCUUACGUGUCUAUAUGUGACGAAAAAUCCGUGUUCAGUGAGCCAGAGUGUGAGAGCGAGAGAGAGAGAGAGAGAAAGAGAGACCAUGGGUACAACAACAAAAGAACCCCAACAACCAGCAAACACAACGCCAGGACCGGUGGGUGGUGGCAGCACGCCGCCGCCGCCGCCUGCCGAAUCGCCGCAAGGAGCACCGCUCGCCACGAGUGCCGCCAAAAAAAUCAAGCGCGCCUUCUCCAUGCCACGCAAUCCCUUUCGGUGGUCGCGCAAGUUCAAGACCUCGUCCGGUGCUGCCGCCUCCCUGUCCGGCUCCGGUUCCGGCCCUGAGAAUGCGGAACGACGUGGCAGCCAUACGGCUAUAUCCUCCUGCGUUGGUGGCGGUCGAGGACGCAGCGGUAGCAUUGUGUCCCUCAGCAGCUACGAGGCUCCACCCACCACGACACCUGCUUUGGUGACGACACCUCCCUCCCAGGAUAGCAACAACAACAAGCGGGCACGUGUCCUGCGGCGUUCAUCGUUCAGGAAGUUUCUCAAUCGAAUCACCCAGCAUCUAACGACGGUAAAUUAUGUGGCGGCGGAUAACUCGUACUCGGAUCGCCGCCUCGCCUUCAUAGAAAUCGUGCCUUUCUACACCGGAUGCUGGCGCAGAAAAGAGGCCAACAAGCCCUCGUCCUCGAACUCUGGGGGAGCUGGCAGCAUCGAGCGAGUGCCACCCAUCGGUGGCUACCAGUGGCCGGCGGAUCAGACGCCGGGAGUGAUGGGCCUGAAGAACCAUGGAAACACUUGCUUCAUGAAUGCGGUCCUGCAAUGCCUCAGCCACACGGACAUCCUGGCCGAGUACUUUGUCCUGGACCAAUACAAGGCCGAUCUGAAACGACGCAACAAGAUCAACUCGCGAAAGUUUGGCACCAAGGGGGAACUCACCGAACAGCUGGCCAAUGUCCUGAAGGCCCUGUGGACCUGCAAGAACGAGAGCGACCACAGCACCAGCUUCAAGGCCGUGGUGGACAGGUAUGGAACGCAGUUCCGCAGCUCUACGCAGCACGACGCCCAGGAGUUUCUGUUCUGGCUGCUGGACAAGGUGCACGAGGACCUGAACACGGCCAGCAAGAGGCGCUACAAGAGCUUGAAGAACUCCUACGGCCGCUCCGACGAGGUGAUCGCCGCAGAGACUCUCGCCAACCAUAUACGGUGCAACAACAGCUUCGUCCAGGCCGUGUUCCAAGCCCAGUUCCGAUCCUCGUUGACCUGCCCGCGCUGCGAAAAGCAAUCCAACACCUUCGACCCCUUUCACUGCAUCUCCGUGCAGCUCCCGCAGCUCACCCAGCUGACGAUCUUCGUCACGGUCGUCUACAUGAAGAAGCUGCCGCGCCAAGUGAAGAUGGGACUGCGUGUCCCGGCCGGAUCCCCCAUCGUGGCUCUGCGGGAGCAGCUGCAGACGGACACCGGCAUUGAGGGCUCAUGCAUGGUGCUGGUGGACCUCAACGCCGAGGGAUUCACGCGCGUGUUCUUCGACUCCCAGCCCGUGGAGACGGUGGCCAGCAACGAGAACAUCUACUGCAUCGAAGUCCCCGAGGCGACCCCCGUGCCAAAGGUGGUUGGAAGCGCCGAUAGUGCAGCUAGUGCGGCAACUGCCCCAGCUUCAGCACCAGCCCCAGCUUCAGCUUCAACCCCGCCGCAGGCAGACCUGCUCCUCCUAGUGGCCAAUGUGUACAGAGCAAAGGACGGCAAGGACGUGGCUCGCUUCGGAGCCCCCUUCAGUAUGAAGGCGCCGAGGGACUGCUCCUACCAGGAGCUGCAGAAGAGAAUGCUGCGCGAAAUGACGCUCCUGCUGAAGCCGGAGGUGUUCUCGUACGCCACGCCGCCCUCCGAGAUGUUCCGCAUCCGACUGCAGGACCCCUCCGCCGACCCGGACACCUACCUGGAGCAGGUGGAGCACCCGCUGCUCACGGAGAUGAUCGACUUGGCGUUGUCCGUCCUCUCCGCCGAGGCGGGGCCGCAGCACAUCAAGUUGCUUCUGGAGUGGAGCUCGCCGGAGGAGUACUUCCUGGCCAGCAAAGAGCCGGACGAUGUGGUGGAGCACGAAAGCGUGGCCCGGCUGAGUGCCAGUAAGUCGGGGGUUACGGCUGCGCUGACCCUGGAGCAGUGCCUGGAGCACUACACCAAGGCGGAGACCCUGAGUGCCGAAGACGCCUGGCGGUGUCCCCACUGCCAGCAGUACUUGCCGGUGGUGAAGACGCUGGGGCUGUGGUCGCUGCCGGACAUUCUGGUGGUGCACUUCAAGCGCUUCCGCCAGCACCAGUCGAAGGGCCCGCAGGCCGCCAAGCUGACGACGAUGGUCAAGUUUCCGCUCACCGCCUUCGACAUGUCGCCACACCUGGCGCGGGGCGUGCACGAGAGUGCCAGCAGCUCGACUGGACUGGGCCUCGGCCUGGGCUCUGCCAAUCCUUGGAAACGAGCCAAGACCGGGGAAUCGCGCUCCUCCACUCUGAACUCGCGCACCGAAUCGAAGGACACGCGCUACGACUUGUACGCCGUGUGCUACCACCAGGGGGACACUCUGGAAACGGGACACUACACAGCCGCGUGCAAGAACCCGUACGACCGGCAGUGGUACAAGUUCGAUGACCAGCGCGUCAGCAAGGUGCCCGAGGACGCCAUCGAGGAGGACAUCAUCAACAACGAGGCGUACAUGCUCUUCUACCAGCGACGCAGCGUGGACGCCGGCGAGUGCUCCGGCUCUAGCUCCAACUCGGGAGACCACUGGGUGUCGCGCCUAGCACCUGCCAGCUCAUCCUCGUCCGCGUCCUCGACGUCGGGUCGGGAGAAGGAGACGGUCAAGCUGGAGGAUACCACUAAGGUGGCGGAGAAGGCGGUGGCGCAGUCCAAGCCAGUGGACAUACCCAAUAUUUGCAACGAGAAGAUGGAAGUUACUGACGCACCGGAAGAUGUGAUGGCGAUGGAGAAAUCGCCCCCUCACGAGCUGCUAGGAGCGGAGGAACUAGCUUAUGCCGAUGCCGAUGUGGAUGUGGAUGGCAGUGGAAUCAGCGAGGAGAGCAAUGGGUGUCUACCGGUGCCAGCCUCUACCACAAUUGCCGAUGAGGAUCGCCAGCCACUGGCCGAGGAUUCGACUUUAAUUUUCGCCAUGGACGAGAACUGCACGGAGCUCGAGGAAGGAGAUCAGAAGGAUAAGGAAAAAUGCCCACAGCAGGCAGAGGCAACAGAGAUGACCGUAGUCCCCGAAGAGGGUAUAGCACCCGCAGAGACGGCCAAAACCAACGGCCACACCAGCUCAUCCUCGUCCUCGUUGGAGAGCUCAGGGUCUUCGCGGUCCUCGCCAAGAUCGCUUAGUACGUCGAUCACCGCGGCAUCCACGCUGCACCGAAAGUUCAACGGUCAUAUGACUGCCGCCGCUUCCUUGUUCAACGGAACCCCCCAGCUAUCGGGCUCCCAGCUUUCGCGACAUGUCCAGCUGCAUAACCACAACUGGAACGGAUCCAGGAGCAGUGUGUCGGCCGAGGAAAGUGCCGCCCACCAACAGCAGCAGCAUGCGGCGGCGGCAGCAAGCCUGAGCCUGCGACACUCCUUCUCCACGAGCUCAAACUACACGGAGACGUUGUCGUCCCUGCUCCGGAACUCGGCCAACACUUGCAGCAAGGACACUCUGCUGUUCAUUGACCAACAGAAUCACCACGCGUCGGACCUGAUGGAGGACGAUGAUGACUCGUACAUGGGCAGAUCGCUUUGGAUAUCGCCCCUGACGCCCCACAAACUCAUCACCGUUUCGCCCAAGAAUUAAGUGGAAGAGGAAACCACAGAGAAGCACAGGAUGCAGACGAUAACAGAAACCAGAUACCAUAAACCAGAAGACACACAAACGCACUAUAGCCAUAAGCCUAAAGUUUACUUUAUAUGAUAUUUGUAAGCCGCGAGCAGUAAGCAUUAUGAAGAUGAUUAAGAUGUUAUACAAAUCUGUUUACUUUAAGAUGUAUACUCAUAUGUAUGAUAUUUGCAAUAUGGCAUUAAGUUUGACACUUGAGGCGGAAACUUGAGUAGAAAUCAUAAGCCCCAACAUUAUUUAUUUGAUGAUUGAUACACGAUGUAAACUUUAUUUUAUUAUCUGACACCAUUUCCGAUGUACCACCAGCCGGUAAAAAUAUUUUAUUUAUAUUUAUUUAACUUCUUGUAUAGUCCUCAGAGCCAAUUUCGACGAAACAAUGAAGUGCUUGGCAUGCCUAUGUUUAGAGUUUUUUGUACACGAAACCAAGUUUCAAACUGCAAUCUAUGUAUGCACGUUAUUAUACCUUUUAGGCCUAGAUCUAGACUCUAUAUACACACCUCUAUGCUCUGUAAUAACGAUUUGAUUUCAACAUCGACCUAUUUUCCAUACAUCUACGCUAUACGACUCUGGAAGCUUCAAGUUGAUCGACUAACGAGUUUAAAUAGAUUGAAGAACUUUAUUUAGGUGUGUAAUGUUCAUGAAAUUCAUAAAUAUACGUGAAGUUGUUGGAUUCAAAA